AUGUCGUCACUGCAGAUUGACGAGGGCGGCCGGCGCGGGCGUUCACGGUCGCCAGCCGGAGACCGCCGGGAUCGCGACUACGACGACGACGACGACAGCGGCGGUCGUGACCGUGACCGCGACCGCAGCCGCACCCGGGUCUCGGCCAAUGUGGUCGAAGCUGCGCCUUACCCGGGCUCUACUGCCGAGUCGUUUCGCAGCCCCACGGAGGCUUUCCGUGGAGGCCCCCCCGAAACCUUUCGCAGUCCCCCUUCGGCUUCGGCCGCCUAUGAGGAGUACGAGCGCCUGUCCAAGUGGCCGCCCGCGCCGCCUAGCGACGACGGCUACUAUCCCGCGCCGCCCCGUGAGACGUUUGACAAGCGCGACCGGGACCGCGAGAGGGAGAGGGAUAGAGAUAGGGACAGGGAUCCGAGAGACGCGCGGGACAAGAGGGACCAGGGCAGAGACCGCGACAGAUACUCGGACGACGACGAUGACGAGAAGCUUAAGCAGCGCGCCAACCUGUACCACCUUCCGCAAAAGUAUGCCACCAACAUAGUGACGGCCGAGCCUCCCGAGUCGCCGCGGCAGUCGCGUGACUCCCUCCAGGACAGAGAGCGCGAGAGGGACAGGGGCAGGGACCCGGACAAGGACCGCAGAGAUCGCAAGGAACGCGAGCGCCAGCUCCGCAAGGAGAAGCUCGAGGACGACUUGGCCUACGGGAGCACUCCUAUUCUGCCUGCCAAGCCCUCACCCGGGUCGCCGCCCGACUCGUACGGCUACGCCCAGCCCAAGCCGUGGGAGUAUGCCAAGGUCGAGGAAAAGGCGAGCACGACGUACGGCCAGGACCCGCGGUACAGCAGCGGCGGCCUGACCGCCCCCGGCUCCGGGCGCCCCGGCGGCCGCUCGCCCAGCCCCGGUCCCUCGCCGCUCAAGUCGGCCAUGAAGCGCGACCGCUCGCCGCAGCCUCCGACGGCGCGCAUGUCGACGCUGACGGUAAACACGGGCCACCAUUCGGCGUCGCUGUCGCUCUCGGCGGCGCCGCCGUCGCCCCUCUUGGAGUCGUACCACGGCACGUACCAGUCCAUGUCGCCGAUGCCGUCGCCGCUGCUCCUGCCGAACCACACGCAAGUGCUCGAGGCGCUGUCGCCCAUCGGGUCCGAGGACGAGCGGGCCGGCGACAAGAAGCGGUCGCGGCGGGCGCGGUUCCACGACCCCGUCGACGACGCGGCGCGGCUGGCCAAGGCGCUCAAGGGCGAGAAGCGGGCGCCCGAGACGGAGCCGCUAGUCGAGAUCCUCCCGGGGCUGACGCACGAGCAGGUCAUGGAGCUGCGGGUCGAGUACAAGCGGCUGGUCAAGACGGGGUCGGAGCGCAAGGGCGUCAACAUCGCCAAGCACAUCCGCGCGCGGCUCAAGGACGAGGACCCGAACCUGAUGAAGGUGUGCUACGCGACGGCGCUGGGGCGGUGGGAGUCGGAGGCGUACUGGGCCAACUUCUGGUACCACGGCGACAAGACGCGGCGCGAGCUGCUGAUCGAGGCGCUCAUGGGGCGCACCAACGACGAGAUCGGCCUCAUCAAGGACGGGUUUAGCGACAAGAAGUACGCUAACAGCCUGACCAAGUGCAUGAAGACGGAGCUCAAGGAGGACAAGUUCAAGAAGGCCGUGCUCAUGGUGCUCGACCAGACGCGCAUGGAGGAGGCCGACGGCUACGGCCGCCCGCUGCGCCUCGACAAGGAGCUCGUGUACGACGACGUCAAGCAGCUGCACCACGCCGUGCGCAGCGACAAGGGCGGCGAGUCGCUCAUGAUCCAGAUCGUCACCCAGCGCAGCGACAGCCACCUGCGCGAGGUGCUCAAGGCCUACAAGGAGACGUACCGGGGGGCCAACUUUGCCAAGGACGCUCUGAAGAAGAGCGGCAACCUGGUGGGCGAGGUCCUCACGCACAUCCUCAACGGCGUCAUCAACAAGCCCGUCCGCGACGCCAUGCUGCUGCACCACGCGCUGUCGGCGUCCAAGCGCGAGGAGCUGCGCCGCGAGCUGCUCAUCUCGCGCCUCGUGCGCUACCACUGGGAUUCCACCCAUAUGGUGGCCGUCAAGCGCGCCUUCCGCGACCAGUACGGCCGCGACCUGCAGGACGCCGUCCGCGACGCUACCUCGCGCGAGUGGGGCGACUUCUGUGUCGCCCUGUGCAUCACCCGCGUCCCCGACGACGUGCGCCGCGUCGAGCGCGUCGACAUUCACCGCUGA